AUGCGAGCCUUGGCGAGCCUUCUACUUGAAUUGCUACUUCCCUUGGUGAUGACAAGCGAUAUUCAUGACUAUUACACGGAGAUCAAACCGUGUACUUCCGCGGCACCGCUAACCACCGUGUUCCAGUCGUUUCCUGUGACGUCACGAAUUAGGUGCGCUGACAUCUGCUCGGCGACGAGCACGUGCAAGGCGUUCAGUAUGUCAACUGACGGGACGCGAACGUGCAGUCUGCACAAGGAACCAUCAACUGUUGUGACAUGUACGUCUGCUGAGAAAUAUUUCCAUAAAUUGUCGGAGUCGCCAUGUUUAAACGAAGGUGUGUACAACAGUUCCACAGACACCUGUCAGUGUUUUAAUGGCUACAUUGGAAGCCGCUGUGAAAAGAUAAUGCAAGAUUGCACCGAAGGUUUCAGGUCUGGUAUUAAUACGGACAAAGAUGUAUUUUGGAUUUUCCCCAAGCUAGCUCCGGCUCCUUUUAAAGUGGAGUGUUGGAUGCAGACAAGGAGGGUGACCAUCAUACAACACCAAAGAUACGGCAACGUCAGUUUUGUACGGUCCUGGGCGGAGUACAAGUCCGGAUUUGGCCAAAUCCUCGGCGACCAUUGGCUAGGAAACGACCACGUGUUUCACGUGACCAAUAGCCGACCGCAGGAACUAGCCAUGACACUACAGGCCACAAACAGUCCCCUGACGCUAGCACGAUACCAUGUGUACGAGAACUUUCGUAUAUCUGACGAAUCAGACCAGUACCGUUUGAACUUCACCUCAGAAAGAUCAAUAAACAAUCUGGGCGACUGCCUGACGAGUUUGAAAAACGCGCCUUUCUCCACCAUUGACGUCAACAACGCUGACACGUGCGCCUCCGAUUUCAACGCUGGUUGGUGGUUCGCGACAGACACGUGCUCAGCGUGCAACCUCAAUGGAUUCCUGCACAGAGAAUUGUUCUACUGGUCAAAUGUUGUCUCACAUACCCACUGGACACCGAUGCCAAAUAACUUUGGAGUUUUUGAAGUUUUAAUCUUUCUUGCAGCUAACCCAUAA